AUGAUUGAAUCAGAUUUAGAAAUGGAUCCAUUACCAUCACAGGAUAAAGGUGGAGCUAGUGGUAGUGGUAGUAGUAGUAGCAGCAGUGGUUCAAGUAGUAAUGGAAAUGUAGAUUCAAUAGUAAAGGAAAUUGGAAAUAAAAUGAUAUCGAAUGAAAUGGAAUCGAUAGAUAUUAGACCACACUACAAUGAUGGUUCCAUAAAAGAAGAUCCAGAUCAACAACAAGAGGUGAAUGAAUUAUCAUUUAGUGAUCGGUUAAGAUUCAUGACUACACUAGGUGGUGAAGAACAACAAAUAGUAGAAAUUUACAAGAUUGUAAAACAUCGAUUAUCAAUAGAUUAUGAUUUCAAAAAAAGUUUAUCAAUGGUUAAACAUUCUCCUGGUGGAAUUAUUUCAAAUUAUUUAUUUUCAAUUUGUUUAAGAUUUUAUUCUGUAAAAGAUGCAUUAUCAAUGUUUGUACUUCAAAAUAUAAUUGGGUUAUCUUUAAUAGUUGGAAUGGGAGUUGGAUCUCAUUUGGUCAAUCAAUUUAAUAAUCCAAUUUGGAAUAUUGGAAUGGAGAGUGGAUUGGUUUCUGCUGGUAUUGGAAUAUUGAUAUCUGCAAUGGUUGACUCUUUACAAUUUAAUAUUAAAACUACUGAACCAACUUUUCUUACAAAAUUGGUUUUUAUCUUUGUAAUUAUUGCAUCAAUUUUUGAAACUUAUUGGAUUUAUAUAAUGUUGGGAUCAAUUGGAAUAUCAAUUUUAUUUUAUUUCCCACAUCAAUAUUUAUUAAAUAUUGUAAAUAGAAGAAGAAAAAUGUUUGAUCAUGAUUUUGAACCAUUUUAUAAAUAUGGAGGAUCAGAAGAUAUUAGAGAUGAUCAAUCUUCAUCAUCAUCAUCAUCAUCUUCAUCAACAUCAUCUACAAAUGAUUUAAUUAAACCAAUUUCACAAGAUGUAACCUAUCCAAAGAAUCAAAGAUUUAUUUAUGCAGUGAAAGAAUUUUUUGUUCCAGGAGAAAUGUAUUCAAAAAGUCUUACACCAUCAAUCGUACAAGCAUGUGUUUCUCUCUAUAUAGUUUCACUUGCUUUGGUAAUGUUGUUUAGAUUUAAAAUUUAUCCAAACUCGUUGGAAGCUGAUUUGGUUUUUCAAUUCUUUUUAAUGGGAUCUCUAAUCGUUGGAGGAUCACAUCUAACCAUACCUCUCAUGUUUCUUGCAGUUCAAGGAUCAAUUAGAAUACCAGAAUUCUUUAAAGGUUUUACUCUUGUACAUGCACUUCCAGGAUCAGUUGCCAAUUUUGCAGGUUAUCUAGGUGCAUCGACCACUAGUGCAUGGAUUGGUAUAGUCUUGUGGAUUAGUCUUACUCUUCCAUCCAUUCUAAUCAAUAUCAUUCUAUCAGCCAACCAUGAAAGAAUUCAAAAAUCAAACUUUAUGAAAAAUUUCUUUGAAUGUUUAAGUUGUGCAUCAUUGGCACUUGCAUUUGCCAAAGCUCUUUAUAUAUGGAGUGCUGGUAUCAUGACUUAUGAGUUUGCACUUGUUAGUUUGGUUGUAGUUGCAUGCAUUCGAGCAUUCAAGUUAAGUUACCACUUUGUCAUUAUUCUAUCGAUCAUUAUUGGUGAAAUCGUACAAAUAUACUAUUAUCCAUUAUUUACUAUUUAA